AUGGAUAAUGUGCAUAAUAAGCACCACCUUUUUGAGGUGUACUCUUCAGAAGAAGAGAUAGAUGAUAUUAAUGAACUACAAGAUAAAUAUGAAUAUGAAAGUGUGUCUAACAAAGAAGAAUAUUCAUUAUUUGGUAUUGAGACUGGAGAUGUGUUUGAAAGCUGGGAUUUGGCUGAGAAACAAGUUCAAAGCUUUGCAAAAAAUACUGGCUUUGAAGUGAAGAAAUUUCAGCUUGAAAAAAACAAAGAAGGAGUAUAUCAUGCACAGAAGAAAGCUGAUAUAGAAGAUACCUGUGAGCGUAAAAAUGAAAAUUUAGUAUCAAAUCAUCAUCUUAGUCCAGAAAUUCUUGAAGAGAUUGAAUUUCUCAUAAAUAUUGGCUGUGGAAUGGGUCCAAUUAUCCUCGCACUUCAAAAACAUUUUUUUGAAAUAGUAAUAUACCCAAAAUAUGUAUAUAAUGCAAUUUGUCACAUUCAGAAUAGUCAGAAUAAAUCGAAAAUAGAUGCUACUGAAACAUUUAAAAAAUUAAUGAAAUUACAACAAAAUGAAUUUCAAAAACGAUGGUAUAAACUUCUUACUAGUUAUCUGACAGCAAAAAAAUACCUAACUCGUACACUUGGACAAGUUGUAACUAGCUGGGCAUUAUGCUAUACCAGUCGAUUAUUCAAUGUGGGAAUCCAGUCUACUCAACGUGUUGAAGGUUAUAAUUCUCUAAUUAAACGAUUGGUCAAAAGUUCAGCAACAUUAUUUGAAUUGGAUACACAUAUCCAGUCACUUCUCAACAAAGAACAACAAUUUGAACGGCAUGAACAAUUAAAUCAAAAUCUAACAGUUGGUUUACCAAACGUUGUUGGGAGAUACUUCAAAAGAAUAGAUGCUAUCAUCAAAAAAUUUCUUACUCUUCGUGUUUUAAAAAUGCAGCACAAUCAAAUGAAUAAGAGUUUACUUUAUCGUGAUGAUAAAGUAAAGAAUUGGAAGGAUUUGCUCGAAAAUGAGAUUGUCGAACAAGAUGAAGAUGGUGAAGAUGGCGAAGAACAACAAUCUGAUGAUGAAAAACAAUCUGACAAUAAAGAAUAA